AUGAACCCACACCCUCACCACCACCUGUCCCUGCCGUCUGGGCCUGGCCGCCGCCCCUCCUCUGCGGCGGAGGCGGUGGAGAUGGACCCGCGGGUGUGGCGCCGGCUGCCGCAGCCGCUGCUGGACCGCGUGCUGGCGUGCCUCCCGACGCCGUCCUUCCUCCGCGCCCGCGCCGUCUGCCGCCGCUUCUACCACCUCCUCUUCUCCUCCCCAUUCCUCCACUCUCACCUCCUCCACUCGCCGCACCUCCCCUUCUUCGCCUUCGCCGUCCCCUCCGCCGGCCACCUCCUCCUCCUCGACCCCACCUCCCAGCCGCAGGGACCGUCCUGGUUCCUCCUCCCGCUCCCGAUCCCGGGCCCCGCCGCGGGGUUCUCGCCGGCUGCCGCGUCCGCUGGCCUGCUGGCGUUCCUCUCCGACGCCUCCGGCCAUAAAACGCUGCUCCUCGCCAACCCCAUCACGCGCCUCCUUGCCGCGCUGCCGCUCGGCCCCACGCAGCGCCUCUCCCCCACCGUCGGCCUGGCCGCGGGGUCGACGUCCAUCAUUGCCGUCGUGGCUGGCGACGACCUCGUGUCCCCUUUCGCCGUCAAGAAUAUCUCCGUCGACACCUUCGUCGCCGACGCCGCCUCCGUCCCGUCCUCCGGCUUCUGGGCCCCCAGCUCCCUCCUGCCACGCCUGUCCUCCCUCGAUCCUCGCGCCGGCAUGGCCUUCGCCUCCGGAAGGUUCUACUGCAUGAGCUCGUCGCCGUUCGCGGUUCUCGUGUUCGACGUGGCGGCGAACGUCUGGAGCAAGGUGCAGCCGCCGAUGAGGCGGUUCCUGCGGUCGCCGGCGCUGGUGGAGCUCGGUGGCGGCAGGGAGGGCUCGGGCACCGCAAGGGUGGGGCUCGUCGCGUCCGUGGAGAAGAGCCGUCUCAGCGUGCCGCGGAGCGUGCGCGUCUGGACACUGCGCGGCAGAGGAGCCUCCGGCGGCGGCGGCGGCGCGUGGAGCGAGGUGGCGCGGAUGCCGCAGGACGUGCACGCGCAGUUCGCGGCCGCGGAGGGCGGGCGAGGGUUCGAGUGCGCCGCCCACGGCGACUUCGUCGUGCUCGCGCCCCGCGGCGGGCCGGCAGCCGUGCCGGUGCCGACGACCGUGCUGGUGUUCGACUCGCGCCGCGACGAGUGGCGGUGGGCGCCACCAUGCCCAUACGUCGGGCACGGCAUGGCCGCAGUGGUCAACGGCGGAGGCAACGGGUUCCGGGUCCUCCCGUACGAGCCACGCCUGGCGACGCCGGCCAUCGGCCUUCUGGAUGCCACGACGCCGGUGGCUUUGCAUGGGAUGCAUGGUUAG